CGGGCUUAUGAGCCGCUGGUUGUGUGAGUGUCUCCACACUCGCCUGCACCGAGAAUAUCGCUAUGUCUGGAAGAGGGAAGUCCGGAGGGAAAGUCCGCGCCAAGGCCAAGACCCGCAGCUCCAGGGCGGGACUACAGUUCCCAGUCGGCCGCGUCCACCGUCUCCUGCGCAAGGGGAACUACGCGGAGCGCGUGGGCGCCGGAGCCCCGGUGUACCUGGCGGCCGUGCUCGAGUACCUCACCGCUGAGAUCCUGGAGUUGGCAGGGAACGCCGCGCGCGACAACAAGAAGACGCGUAUCAUCCCUCGCCACCUCCAGCUGGCGGUGAGAAACGACGAGGAGCUGAACAAGCUGCUGGGCGGGGUGACCAUCGCGCAGGGCGGCGUGCUGCCCAACAUCCAAGCCGUGCUGCUGCCCAAGAAGAGCGGCCAGGCGGCGCCAAGCUCCGGCGGGAAGGCGGGGAAGAAGGCCUCGUCUCAGUCCCAGGAGUACUAGACGUAUUUGACCCACACAAAAGGCCCUUUUAAGGGCCACCAACGCUUCUAAAGAGCUCUGGUCUAGCGAGGGCGAGCUGGUUAGCAUGUAGCCGCACGGCAGCAGUGAGGCUACUUGCUGACUGGAUUGUUGGUGGUUCGUUUGGAGGGGGACCGGACGCAGGUGUGUGAAUUAAACUGAUCAUGAAGUCUG